CAAAUUCCGGGCUAAUGCGUUUAAACAAGUCUUUUUUAAACAGUUCUGUAAUAACCCACCUUUUUUUGACCGACAAUGACAUUUGGGAAAUCGCUGAAGGUGCUUUUGAUAGCUUGCCAAAUUUGGUUUAUCUUAAUUUAACUGGUAAUUUUUUAACUUUAAAUAAACUGAAUUUCGCAAACGAGUCAAAUAUCGAAGUGUUGGUUUUGGACAACGCGAUUAAGGACCCUACUCUCCAGUCUAAUAUUCGUUCAGUACACCAAUGCAGCAGAGUGAUGGAAUACCCAACAAAAAGUUCAGACCAGGGUAAUACAAUUAUUUUUGAAAGUCAAAUGAAGCUGCCGAAUUUGAAAAAGUUAUAUUUAAGGAAUAACAAUAUCAAAUCGAUUAAUGAGUAUAGUAUUGCAUUGUGGAAGGAAUUAAUGCCAAAUAUUUCUCAUCUUUACCUGCAGCACAAUCGAAUUUCUUCAUUAAGUUUCAUCCGAUUUCUGCCGUCAACUGUGACUGAUUUGCUGCUGAACGACAAUAAAAUAUUCGCAUCCGGGAGUAUGUCGUUGAACCAUCUGAAGACUUUAGAAAUUAGUGACAAUAAGAUCAAAAAUUUGUGUGGUACUUAUGCAAAUUGCGACGGUAUGACUCUGGAAAGUGCUACAAAUUUGGAAGUGUUGUUGAUGUCAAAUGUUUACCUUCGACGCAUCGAAUCUAAUUCGUUUAAAGACCUGGGAAAUUUGCUAUUGUUAGAUUUAUCACGAAAUCAGAUUGGAGACAUUGUUAAACAUACUUUUGACAAUUUGACGAAUCUAAAGACACUGCGGUUGGACCACAAUAAAUUGUACGAAAUACCUGACGUUUGCGGUCUGAAAAAUUUGGAAUCUUUUUCUUUGGCUCACAACGAGAUCGAAACAAUAGACGAAUCGAUGUCUUGCUUGUCGAGAGUAAAAGAACUAAAUUUCAGCAAUAAUCUCUUAGAUAAGAUAAAAUUCGAGGCGUUUCGUAGUUUUGUUGAGUUAGAGAAAUUAGAUCUUUCGGGUAAUAAACUUGUUAUAUUGCCUGACAACUGGAUACCUUUGACGUCGACUUUGCAGUACUUGGAUCUGCAAAAUAAUUUGUUUACAAGUCUCGAAAGUAUGUCGUUGAUCAAGGCUGAGAAUUUGAAGUAUCUUAGUAUCGGAAAAAACCCUCUGAAAACGAUUAAUAUUAAAAUAUUGAAGACUUUGCCGGAGAGUACGACGGUGGAUGUUGAGAAGAUUGGAUGUGACCAAUGUCAGAUAUGUGAGAAAUGCCAGAUAUGUGAGAAAUGCCAGGAGUGUGUUAAGCGAGAAGAUCGCGGAUCUUCGGAUCACUGCCGAUCUUGUGGAUCAUAUUGUAGUAAUUGCCAACAAUUUUUCGACGAUAAUCCUACAGAGGGUUAUGAACCAAUGUAUUAAUCAUAAUGAACUACU